AUGAACUUAGUCCACAGAGACAGGCUGCAGGUAGUAGGAUGGAUUUUAACUAGUGCCUGUAACUAUUUGCCAGAUUGGAAAAAAAAUCUCACUUUAGACUUAAAUGAACUGGAGACCUGGACCAUGGGACUCUGGCAAACCGGUGUAGUCCAAGACGGAGGAGGAACACAGCAUAAAGAUUUUGAUUCUUUCCUAGCUUUGCCUGUAGAAUUCAAGAUUUCCAGGAUUUUAGUAUCUACAUCAAAUGGACUAGGACUUGUGAGCCUUGUGAUCUCUAGUUUUGGUUUGGACUGCCUAAAGGUGGAGGACACAGAGCAGAAAUUAAAGAAACAGCUGUUACUACUUGGAGGAGUACUCCUAUGGAUUUCUGGAGUUCUGGCCUUAGUCCCUGUUUCUUGGGUUACCCAUGUUACCAUGCAGGAAUUCUGGGAUGAAGAUAUCCCAGAGAUUGUGCCCAGAUGGGAAAUGGGGGAUGCAAUGUUCAGUGGUUGGUUUGGUGGAUUUUUUAUAAUUCUAGGAGCAUCCCUACUUCUGUCCACCAUCUGCUUAUCAACUGACCAUCCAUUACCAGAGCAGCAUACAAUGGUGGAUAUGCAAAAUACCCAUCAACACAUGGAAAUUGAAAAUAGAAGAUUUUAAAAAGGGUAGAUACCAGGUUUUCAGAUUUUAUUCUUGCAUCACAGUAAGAAAGUAAU